UAUCACAACCUUCAACUUUCUCUUCCUCGUUGCAACCCUAACUUUUGCAAAUUCCCGUGCAAGAGAAAUGACGAACCCUAAAUCUCUAGUUUUAGGGUUAACUUAUUCUUCUAAAUCAACAAUUCCUACCCCAAAAUCAGCCACAAGAGUGCUUGAUAUGACGGAGCCACUCAAAGAAGUUAGAGAUGGAUACGUCAUAUCCCUCAAUUUAGGCACACCCCCUCAAACUAUUCAAGUCUAUCUAGACACGGGAAGCGACCUAACCUGGGUGCCAUGUGGCAAUCUUUCGUUCGAUUGCCUAGAUUGCAACGAUUAUAGAAAUAACAAGUUCACCACUAGUUUCUCCCCUUCCCGCUCCUCCUCUUCCUCUCGAGAUUCGUGUUCUAGUACUUUCUGUAUGGAUAUCCAUAGCUCAGACAACCCAUUUGACCCUUGUACAAUGUCGGGGUGCUCAUUGACCACCCUAGUUCGGUCCACAUGUAACCGGCCAUGCCCUUCAUUUGCCUACACCUAUGGUGAUGGCAUCGUCACCGGAACCCUCUCUAGGGACAUUCUUAGAGUUCAUGCAAGUAACCCUAAUUCAACACGGGAAAUUACAGGGUUUUGUUUUGGUUGCGUUGGCGCAACAUAUAGAGAGCCUAUAGGAAUUGCAGGGUUUGGAAAAGGCCCACUUUCCCUACCAUCACAAUUAGGGUUUCUCCAAAAGGGUUUCUCCCAUUGCUUCUUGCCUUUCAAAUAUGCAAAUAACCCUAAUAUUUCAAGCCCUUUGAUUGUAGGAGACCUAGCCAUAACCUCAAAAGACUACCUACAAUUCACUCCAAUGUUGAAAAGUCCAAUGUACCCCAACUUUUACUACAUUGGACUAGAAGCCAUAACUGUGGGAAACACCACUCCAACACAAGUACCCUUAAACCUAAGAGGGUUCGACUCUGCUGGGAAUGGGGGGAUGAUCAUAGACUCAGGCACGACUUAUACACACUUACCAGAACCAUUCUACUCACAACUUGUAGAAACCCUAGAGGCAGCCAUAACCUACCCGCGAGCCACUCAGGUAGAGGAGAGAUCGGGGUUUAGUCUCUGCUACCACGUGCCAUGCCAGUUCAACAACAUUCUUGGUGCUGAUGAUCUACCUCCCAUAACCUUCCAUUUCUUGAAAAAUGCGAGCCUCACUCUCCCACAAGGGAACUCGUUCUAUGCGAUGGGCGCUCCAAGCAACUCAACCGUGGUCAAGUGCUUGCUCUUCCAAAGCAUGGAUGAUGAGAUUGACCACCACUAUGGGCCAGCUGGGGUUUUUGGAAGCUUCCAGCAGCAGAAUGUGGAAGUUGUUUAUGAUUUGGACAAGGAGAGAAUUGGAUUCCAAGUUGCUGACUGUGCAAUGGCUGCAGUUUCUAGUUAGCAGUCUUUUUUCAGUUGAGAUUUUUACCUUUUUCUUGUGUGUUUUUUUAUAAUCCUUUUGCAAUAUUCUAUGUUCAUGUGUUUCAUGUAAGAUUCCCUAAUGCUACAACGGUGCCGGUGUGGAUGAUUGAUGCACUCAAUCCUAGCUGGAAUCGAAGAAGCAAGAGAUCUACUUUACUGUUUACAGGUUGUAAUCGCUAAUUCUCUGCUCAAAACAAAUGAGUAUGAGAUUAUCAAUAUUACAGUUGUUCAAGCAAGACUGCAUUUUUCUCUUA